GGAAAGAUAAAAAGACCUAAGACAAGAGCAUAUCAGAGAAGAAGAUGUCUUAUCAAGAUCAACAACACCCUGUUGGUGCUCCUCCUCCUCAAGGGUAUCCUCCUAAGGAGGGUUAUCCACCACAAGGAUAUCCUCCGGCGGGAUAUCCUCAAGCAGGAUAUCCUCCAGCGGGUUAUCCUCCUCCCGGGCAAGGGUACGGUCAAGGAUAUCCAGCACAAGGCUAUCCUCCACCACAAUAUCCUCAAGGUCCUCCACCGCAGUAUCCUUAUCAAGGUCCUCCACCGCCACAAUAUGGUCAGGCUCCGCCUAAGAAGAAGAAAGACAAGGAUUCAGGCUUUAUGGAAGGAUGUUUGGCUAUGCUCUGCUGUUGUUGUCUCUUGGAAGCUUGCUUUUGAUCGGAGCUAGAUGUGCCGUUGACCGUCUUGAGGAUGCAAAUUGCAUUUUGUCAAGAUAUAAAAUGUUAAAAAGGCAUGUUUGAUCAGCAUUAGAUCUCUUCUUCUGGUUAUGUGUGUCCACGUUUUGGCCUUUUGGGUUUGUUUCUCUUCUUUAUUUUUACUUUUUUUUUUUGUUAUGAAUCUGAAUUUGUCUUGAGGGUCUUGUUUAUUUUUUAUGACUAUUUGAUUGAUUCAGGGUAUGUGCCCAUCUUUUGUAUAUGUAAAAAGUUUGUCUAUUCACUUUGCCAUUCAUUUUUACAGUAGAAGAACACAAAUAAGUAACUCAAUUAUGUAA